AUGCGGUGCACUCCGCCUUCAAGGCUUGCGCGCGCAUACAGGCUCCCUUCACGAACGCCAUCCGCUGCCGUCCCGGCUGUCCGUUACGGCGUCCGCAGGUUCGCGAAAGUACAACAGCCCGAGGCAGCAGAAUGGUUCAGCGCAUCGACCCCCAGCCCACUGCCGCCCGAACACAAGGGCGAGGAUGGAAAGCCUCCGGAUGAGCGGACCCUGAAGCUUGGAAAGACAAUCCGAGUCCUUCACGAGCGUCUGCCAACCCUCCUAGCAUCUCCACUGCCACAGGAAAUCCUGUCGCCGCAGAUUACCCUCCAUUUGUUUCCCUCCACACACCCCCAUCUUCCCACCGUCAGCGGGCGGAUCGCAUACACGGCAGCACUAUGGACAGCACCCGUGGCGUGGGGACGUGUUCCGGUGGUAGGAAACGUCAAGCUCGAGAUACUGUCGGAGCGCAUGAUGCGCAACGGCUGCGGCAGCACAUCCGGCAAGGCGCAUGAGAAGUUGAUCGUCAAAUGGAGGACGUGUGGUAAAACAAAGGGCAAAGGCGUUGGCGCGUUUUACCGCGGAAUCUCCGGCAGUGAACAGGUUGACAAGAUCACAGAAUUUCUGGGCGGCGAUGCGAGGGACGACGAGGAGUUUGUCGGCUUGUUCAUAUUCGAGUUCGAUGAGGAGGGCCGCAUCCUCACGCACACGAUAGAAAACGUUGAAGAAGGCGGUAACUGGGAUAAGAUGACGCGCGUCAUAAGCGUCACAGAUUGGUUGCUGGGCAAGGCAUGGGGGGCGAAGCAGCCUGCUGGGCUGGCAUUGGGAUUCUGCAAGAACGAGGACUCGUACAAAAGGUCGGCCCACGCCCGGCACUGA